AUGUCGCAGAUCAUAACGCAAGAUCCGGGCGUUCUCGACUCUUCUGCUGUUAACGCCAAGUCACGCUACUGCGAGGACUUAUGCGAUAGUCGUGGCAGUGGAGAUGGUUCUGGCGAGACGCUGGCCGAUGAUCUCCUUGGCCAUCUUGGAUACGACCCCCAACUCAAGCGAAACCGGUCUACGGCUCACGUCGCUUUCAUGGCCUUUGUGUUAGCAGCGAAUCCUUACGGCCUCGCGACCACCUUGAGCUAUCCUCUCAUAGGAGGCGGUCCAGUGAACAUUAUCUGGGGAUGGCUCCUGGUUGCGCUGAUUGUCAUAUGCGUUGCCGCCUCUCUUGGCGAGAUCACCAGUGUGUAUCCAACUGCGGGAGGUGUCUAUUACCAAGCAGCAAUGUUAACGCCGCCCAAGUAUCGGGCGCUCGCAAGCUGGAUCUGUGGCUGGCUGUUUGUGGUGGGAAACAUGUCUAUCACUCUUUCUGUGAAUUUUGGAACUGCGCAAUUCUUUGGUGCGUGCAUCAACGUUUUUGAGUCCGAAUCCGGCAAAGGAAUAUUUCCUGGUGAAACAUACCAAGUCUUCCUCAUCUUCGUCGCUAUAACAUUAUUGUGUAACGCCGUCUCGUCUCUCGGAAAUCGUUAG